GAAAACAAUGUCAAAUGAUUUGCGACUCUCGACCACCUUCUUGCAAUUGUUCAACAAGUUUGGCCACUGGAAAAAGGUCCAAUCUUUCAGGACAUCAUGACCUACUUCAACCUGGAUGUUGGCAAGACUGGCAGCAGCGAGCAGUCCCGUCCAGCGCCUUCUUCGGCGUUGCUGAUUGCUCGUCUGGGCGAGGCAGCGAGCGAGGUCACGUUACCACUGUGUGCCACAUGCUCCACUCAGACAUCGCAGGUGGACAAGGUCGAUCUCGAUUCGCAAGAUGCGCCCUUCAAGUGUCCCAUCUGCCUUGAUCCGAGGCAGUACAUUGGCAUCAAGGGGCAAAAAUGGACGACUUUGGAGAGGCUCAUCGAACGAGGCGAAUUGCGAAACGAUUUCGAGCAGGUCAUGCCUGAUCAGCUGUGGACGUUCAAGACGCGCCCGAGCUUCGGUAUAGGGCAGCGCGCAUUUUUGAUGAAGGAUGAGAAGAGCGAGGGGCUGAUCAUGUGGGAUUGCGUAGCCUACAUCGACGAUGCGACCCUGAAAGAAAUCGAUGCGAUCUCUCAGGGCAAAGGCCUAGCUCACAUGAUCAUCAGUCAUCCGCACUACUAUUCCACCACGGCUACUUGGCUUGCCGCUUUUCCCAAAAUGAAGCUUUGGCUUGCAGGCGUCGAUUUCCGCGAGUGGUACCAGCGGCAAGACACGAUCAAGUCGGUGACUGCAGGCAAACAACCUCGGGUUGAAUUGGUGGAUGAGGAGCAGACGUAUGUAGCCCCAUCUUUAUCAUCCGCAAAGAUCCUCCUGCUUGGCGGGCACUUUCCCGGCUCCUUGGUGCUGCUGUGGAAGGACUGUCUGUUCAUCGCGGAUACCAUACAGGUAGUGCCCAGCGGCCUGUACAAGAGCGACCAGCCACAAAGGCCGAAUGUAGCCUCUGUCACCUUUUUGUGGAGCUAUCCGAACCAAAUCCCGCUCAGCGCUACAGAAAUUCAGCGCGUUUGCCGACCGCUCGAAAAGGUUCAAUUCGACAAAGCCUUUGGCGCGUUUGAAGGGUUCGACAUUUGGGGUCACGCGAGGGACAAGAUCCUGCAGAGCAGAGACAUCUUUUGUCGGAGGUUGGCAACCACCUGAGCUUCCUUUGAGAUGGGUCCGACUUGGAUCUGUUGGCACGAGAGCCUGCCCUCUGACUGGGUGGGCUCUUCCCCUCCUUCCCUCUCUCUGACUCGGCUUCGAGCUCUUCCCGCGCAAUGCAGCCUGUACCAUGCGUGUACAUCGUUUCCAGCGCUUCUGGUAAGGCCCGAUCGACCCGAUUGUAAUGGCUGUACAUGCCUCCUUUGCGAGCAUGGGUUCUCAUCCACGAAACGAGUGAUCGUUCGCCUGUGCGCAUCCACCCCGCUCCAC